CUGCUGCUGAGGAAGGGUCUCUUCCUGGAGAUCACCCCUCCUGGAGGACACUGCGAGCCUCCAGCGUCAGUAAGCAUUUUCCAUUUAUUGUCUUCCCGUUGCAGUAAUCUUCCUCGGCCUAACUUUCCUGUGUGUUUCUCAGCUAUAACAUCUGUGUCUUCAUUGACUGUAGAGAGGAGGAGCAUCCUGGAGCAGCACCAGCGAGAGCUCCGCUACCUGCGGGACGUGGCGGUGGCCGUGGAGCAGAACCACGCCAGGGAGGAGCACGAAGCCACGCUGAAUUUCCAGAGCGCGAGGGAUGAGAUCAAGAAUAAGAGCCUGCAGGAGAAGCAGUACAGCCGCCUGCAGCUGAGUGGGAAGCUGGAGGGGCUGUGGGAGCAGUUCCAGCACGCCGUGCGUUGCUACGCUGAGGCCACCGAGCAUCGCAAGCUCAGCUUUGAGGCUCUGAAGGUGAAGGAUGAGAAGAGCUCCCGGGAGGUGGAGGUGCAGGAGAAGAAGCUGCAGAAGCUGCAGGAUGCGGUUUUGGCCGCCAAAGCCCGGCUGGCUGCUCACCUCCACGAGUGCGAGGAGCAAAACCAACGCAUGCGGGAGCGGAAGGAGGCGGCCAUGGAGCAGCUCCAGCAGCUGAAGAGUGAGAUGAGCCGUGCCCAGGCCAAAGCCCACCGCAGCCUGGCUGAGCUCACGGCGCAGAGCGGCGCUGCCCUGAAAGCACUGGGGAAAAUCGUGGGGAAGGCUGAGCGCGUUCUGCGUCUGGCUGAGCUGUGCCGCAGGAUGGAGAGCGAGGAGGAGAAGGUGCUGCCCUUCUACCCGUCCUCGUUGGCAGAAGGAGAGCAGGACGAUGCCGAAAGGGUCCUCAGAGAGGCACCCACUGAGCCCCUGGCACAGGUGAGGGGACAGCAUGGGGGUCCCGGGCGCCGGGGGGGGGGAGGCAGAGCUGGGGACCGCCUGAAUCACAGCAUGGUUGGGUUGGAAGGGAGCUCAAGGAUCACGGAGCUCCAACCCCCCUGCGCCACACGGGGCCACCAA